AGCAGCGAGGAGGGCGAUCCUAGGAACGCUACGCACGCAGUGCCCGUUGGUGGUCGUGAUUCAUGUGUCGCGAGCAUCGUUCGUCGCUUGCGAAUAGUGGCGGAUAUCCCCGUGUGUCCCUGCUCCUGACAGCGGCGGUGUUACUCGCGCCGCAACGACGAGAACCCGCAGUCGUCGUCGUCGUCGUCGCCGCAUCGCCGUUCCACCGUGCUCCACAAUUAUGUCACGAGGACGACCGCGCUCGCGCUCGCGGCUGCCUCAUUGAGAUCGGUGAGAGCGAUCCGCCGCCGCCGCCGCGCCGCCACCGCGAAUCGGGCCGCCGUCUCGUGGCACCGGACGGGAAAACGAAGCGAUCGGCCGCCUCGGCUUGUUGACAGGAGGAGCGCGAGCGAUUUUUUUCCCCUCCCGACCGUGACUCGUUCGACUCCAUCGUGUCUGCCUGUUCAUGCUACCGUCUCUCCCUCUGUCUCUCUCUCUCUCUCUCUCUCUCGCACUUUUCUCGUCUCCCUACCCCCCGCCGCCCCCUCUUUGUCUCACCCUCCCUCUCUCUCUCUCUCUGUCUCUCUCUCGUGCUCCGUACUUCGUAGUCCGUUCGUCAUCGCUUUUCCCUUCAAUCGUUGAAGGCAUCUUUUAUUCCUCGUAGCCACGGCAUCUCGCUCGCCGGGCCAGGAAGGAUAGUAGUAGUGCUCGCCCACGGGAGAGGCGUCGUUAAAUGUGCUCGGCCGCUCGGGUCGGAGGAGGAAGAAGAAGAAAGGAUUAUUCGCCGUCGGUCGUCACCACGUUGUGGUCCCCGCGAGCAGUGCCGACCAGUAAUCGCGCGUGCCUACCGUCAUUUCUCUACACGAGGCGAGGUGUGCGAGCAUCAUCAUCAUCAUUAUUAUCGUCAUCAUCGGCUGUUCCCGAUACGUAAAUGGGUUUCACCCGCUGCGCUUAGAAGAGAGUCCCAGGCCCGCAGCAACGGUGUGUGUGCGUUGUGUGUAGUUUGUGUGCGUGUGCGCGCGCGCGUGUGCGUGUGUGUGACUGUGUGCGUGAGUACGUGCGCGCGGGCGCGUGUGUGUUCCGUGCGUCGAUGUGCACGCGGCGUCGCGCGCUCGCCGAGGCAGCCUUCACGUCGGGACGGCAUUUCUGAGGAGAGGUGUACACCUUCGACGCGCCUGUGACCGAAAACCCGACAUGAUGAAGAGCAGUGCUCUGAUGAAGAAGGAGAGCAAGAUGCGCAUACGUGCUUUCCCGACAACUAUGGAUGAGAAGUAUGUAGAAAGUAUCUGGGCCUUAUUGAAGAGUGCUAUCCAAGAGAUACAGAAGAAAAAUAACUCUGGCCUCAGUUUUGAAGAACUUUAUCGCAAUGCUUAUACAAUGGUUCUUCACAAGUACGGUGAACGAUUGUAUACAGGAUUGAAAGAAGUCGUAACGCAACAUCUUGAAAACAAAGUGCGAGAGGAUGUUCUUCGUUCCCUACAUAACAACUUCCUACAAACUUUGAAUCUAGCGUGGAACGAUCAUCAAACAUCAAUGGUGAUGAUCAGGGAUAUCUUGAUGUACAUGGACAGAGUGUAUGUUCAGCAGAAUGAUGUAGACAAUGUGUAUAAUCUUGGAUUAAUUAUUUUUCGAGAUCAGGUGGUCAGAUAUGGAUGUGUUAGAGAUCAUUUACGGGAAACAUUGUUAGGUAUGGUCGCGAGGGAAAGAAGAGGAGAAGUUGUAGAUCGUAGCGCUAUAAAAAAUGCCUGCCAAAUGUUAAUGUUACUUGGAAUUAACAAUCGCCAAGUUUACGAGGAAGAUUUUGAAAGGCCUUUUUUGCAACAAAGUGCCGAGUUUUAUAGAAUGGAAUCUCAAAAAUUUUUGGCAGAAAAUAGUGCAUCGGUAUACAUAAAAAAAGUUGAAGCUAGAAUCUGUGAGGAAUCUGAAAGGGCAAAACAUUAUUUAGAUGAAUCCACUGAAUCACGGAUAGUAGAGGUUGUAGAAGAAGAGUUAAUCAAAAUACACAUGAAAACCAUUGUUGAGAUGGAAAACAGUGGUGUAGUGCACAUGCUCAAAAAUCAGAAAACGGAAGAUCUUGGUUGUAUGUAUAAACUAUUUUCGAGAGUGUCAGAUGGAUUGCGCACUGUAUGCGAUUGUGUAUCUCAAUUCCUUAGAGAGCAGGGCCGUGCGUUAGUUCAAGAAGAGCAUGAAUCAACCACAAAUGCCGUUCUUUACGUCCAAAACUUGUUAGAUCUAAAGGAUCGCUUCGAUCAUUUUCUACAUUAUUCUUUCAAUAAUGACAAGAAUUAUAAACAGAUGAUAGCAUCGGACUUUGAAUAUUUCCUUAAUUUAAAUCCUAAAAGUCCGGAAUAUCUCUCAUUGUUUAUCGAUGACAAACUGAAGAAAGGCGUCAAGGGAAUGACAGAGCAGGAGAUUGAAGGGAUCCUAGAUAAAACUAUGGUUUUAUUCCGUUUCUUACAAGAAAAGGAUGUAUUUGAACGGUACUAUAAACAACACUUAGCCAAACGAUUAUUGUUGAAUAAGUCUGUUUCUGAUGAUAGUGAAAAAAAUAUGAUAUCCAAACUUAAGACUGAAUGUGGAUGUCAGUUCACGUCAAAGUUGGAAGGCAUGUUUAAAGAUAUAACAGUCAGUAACACUAUUAUGGACGAAUUUAAGGAUCAUGUCCUUACAUCAGGCGCAAAUCUGCAUGGUGUGGAUAUAAGCGUCCGGGUGCUCACAACUGGUUUCUGGCCAACGCAGUCAGCCACUCCGAAGUGCAGUAUGCCCACUGCUCCGCGUGAUGCCUUUGAUGCUUUCCGGCGUUUCUACCUGGCUAAACAUAGCGGUCGACAAUUAACGUUACAACCACAAUUAGGCUCUGCCGAUCUAAACGCUGUAUUCUACGGACCACGAAGAGAGGAGAGUAAUUGUGGAGGUUUAGAUACUCCGUCGUCUUCAAGUUCUAUUGGGAAUGGUAGCAGCACAAGCGGCAGUCAAGUGAGCCAGCGAAGCAGUCAGUGUAAUACACCACGAAAGCACAUAAUACAAGUUUCCACUUACCAAAUGUGUGUGCUAAUGCUGUUCAAUAAGAGAGAAAGGUUAACAUACGAGGAAAUUCAAGGUGAAACCGAUAUUCCAGAGAGGGACUUGGUUAGAGCAUUACAAUCUCUUGCCAUGGGUAAAGCUACGCAAAGAAUUUUACUUAAACACCCUCGUACCAAGGAAAUCGAAUCUACGAACUGUUUCUGCGUAAACGACAGUUUUACCAGCAAAUUACAUAGAGUAAAGAUCCAGACCGUAGCGGCGAAGGGAGAAUCUGAACCCGAGAGAAGAGAGACGCGCAAUAAGGUCGAUGAAGACCGAAAACAUGAGAUUGAAGCAGCCAUCGUACGAAUUAUGAAAGCUCGAAAGCGUAUGCCUCACAAUAUACUGGUAACGGAAGUGACAGAACAGUUGAGAGGUCGAUUUUUGCCUUCACCUGUAAUAAUUAAAAAACGUAUCGAAGGCUUAAUCGAACGAGAAUACUUGGCUCGUACACCGGAAGAUCGAAAGGUGUAUACAUAUGUUGCUUAAUGCUGAAUUCAAUAUUGGAUGUGUACAAACAUGUAAGUAAUUUGUAAUAAUAUAUAUCCUCUUAUUACACAUUAAUGAUUCUUCAUAUUUUAUUCACUGAUUCAUUAUUACACCAUUCAUUUGUGGCGUAAUUACUGUUAUAUCUUCUCAUUACUGUUCUCAUUUCUUCGGUUGUGAAUUAUUAUUGUCCAAGGGAUAUUCCAUGUCAACAAGAAAAAUUUUAUUUCUAGACAGUUUAUAUAUUCUGAUAAUUAUAUCAACAUUUAUUUAGCUUUAAAUUUACGAUUUAUAAUGUUCUUUACAGGAAUAUAUGGUCGAGAAAAUUAUCGAAAAUGGUAAAAUAUGGAUUACGAUAUUGCAAAUACACAAAAAAAAAUAAAAAAUGUCAUUUUUGGGUGCUGAAAACUGUGUAAGAUGAUAUCGUGUUCGUUACUCAUAAACUAUUUAAUUUGAAUUAGAAAUUUUAUCGCUUGUUAUCGUGGAACAUCCCUGUAAUUGAAAUGAAUGGCAAGAUAUUCGUUUGAUAAUUGAUUAGUUUGGUGGAAAAGGUCGACGUGUCAGAGGAAUGAUGCGCUUAGAUUUGAAAUCAGGGAGAUAUUAAUUUUUUGUAAUAAUGGCGAUUGUAUCUGCUCUUCAUAAACUUUUUUUACAUUUCAAUUACAUGCGCAUUUGUUUGACUUACACUUGUAUUACAAUAGGACAUGUAAUACAUGUGAGUAUGUCAUUAUAAUAAAUAUGUAUUCUAAAUUAGAUAGAUUUUAGUUAACGUGCGUUUCUAACGAUGCGAAAUACAAUUAAGUUAUGGAAGAUUCGCAUUGAUAAUAUCGCAAUUAGGAACUUUUCUACAAUUGUAAGACUGUGAUUGUCUAUGAUAACAAAUAUUAUCUGAAUAUAUCGUGAAUUUAGGAAGAAAAAUGGUACAUUUACAUAUAGUUUUAUUUACGUUGAUGUCUAUCAAUUAUAUAUGUAAAUAAGUAAUGUGAAUGUAUUAUUAAGAAUAUACUUGUCUCAUUUCCAACAACUCAA